AUGGCGACGGCUGGCAUGCGCGUGCUGGUGCUGGCAGCGCUGGCAGUGGGGCUGCUAGCGGCGGUGGUGAGUGGAGCGCGCGAUGCCAUGAAGGUAGCCAGGGGCCUGGUCCCCACGGACGGUGGGGGCGGUGGGGUGGCUGGCGGGGCGGCGGCGGGGCAGCAGAGGAAGGGCGCGCGCAUUCUGGCGGCUGAGACCUUUGCUCACCACGCCCCUCUGCCCGACUACCUCGACCACAUCCCCCGCCGCCAGGCCCUCGCCACCUGUACAGCGUUCCUGCUCCCCUUCCCUCUCAUUUCUCUGCUCCCCUUCCCUCUCAUUUCUCUUCUCCCCUUGGCUCUCAUUUCUCUGCUCCCCUUUCGUCUCAUCUGCUGCUCCCCUUGGCUCUCAUUUCUCUGCUCCCCUUGGCUCUCAUUUCUCUGCUCCCCUUUCGUCUCAUCUGCUGCUCCCCUUGGCUCUCAUUUCUCUGCUCCCCUUGGCUCUCAUUUCUCUGCUCAAUGUUGGUCCUUGCACGCCGUUCUUACUCAAUGUUAG